UGUUAGCAAGUUUGUCAGCGUGUAUGUGUAAAAUGGCUACGAAUAAUUAUUUCGGUUUUACUCACGGUGGAACGCAAUAUAGUGCAACAGCUACUGGAGCGGCAUAUCAAGCCGGCCAGGCUGGCUAUGCUGUAGCAACUCCAGCCACAGCAGCAGCUGCAGCCACUUACGGAACUCAAAGGGCAGCAGGAUACGAUACAGCGUAUCAGGCUGCUGCUGCCUCUCAAGGAACUUAUGCAGCAGUUGGUACCGGUGCGACGCCGGCUUACGAAUACGGUUACGGACAAACAGCAGCCGCUGGGUAUACAGGAGGUUACGAUCAAGCAGCAGCUGCAGCUAAGCCCGCUACUUAUGCGACAACAUAUACUCAACGAACUGGUCAGCAGCAAGCACAAGCAGCGACUGCAGCGGCAAAACCAGCUCAGUACACUGGAACAUACCAAGCUAACGCAACUGGAUAUCAAGCAACAUAUGCCCAACCAGCUGUUCAGACAACUAUAGCUGCUCAACCUACAACACAAGCUAAACAAGCUAAUUCAACAACAACAUAUUCAGGAUACGACGCUGCCCUCUAUUCUGCUGCAACCAUGUAUGUCGCCCAGCAAUCUGGUGGUGCCGCGCAACAAAAAACUGGAGGAUGGCAAGGAUAUAAAAAAGGAGGUCUUGGUGCUAAAAACAUGAGAGCUAAGGCACCCCCUAAGCCACAACAAUUGCAUUAUUGUGAUGUCUGCAAAAUUAGCUGUGCUGGUCCUCAAACUUAUCGUGAACAUUUAGAAGGUCAAAAACACAAAAAGCGCGAAGCUGCUACUAAAAUGGCCGCAUCGGUUGCAGUUACAAGUCAAAAUAGAGCAGGAAAUUCACUUAGGUGUCAGUUAUGUGAUGUAACGUGCACUGGAAAUGAUGCAUACGCUGCUCAUAUUCGAGGGGCUAAGCAUCAGAAGGUGGUACUUCUCCAUACCAAACUAGGCAAACCCAUCCCUCCCCAGGAACCCGAGGUUAUUGGUGGAGCCCGUAAGUCCGUUUCCUCCACUCCAAAAAUUAACUUUGUCCAAUCAGGAGGUCUGGGCAUUCCCGCAGGUAAUGGAGAUACAGCCAAGGAGGAAGAGGAGGAAACUCCAGAGCCAGACAUUCAACCUGUUGGUCAAGACUACAUCGAAGAAAUCAAGAGUGACGAUGGAAAGGUUAUUAGUUUUAAUUGUAAGUUGUGCGAGUGUCGUUUUAACGACCCAAAUGCUAAAGAAAUGCACAUGAAGGGCAGAAGACAUAGAUUACAGUACAAGAAGAAAGUCAAUCCUGAUCUUGUAGUAGAUGUGAAGCCUUCUCUUCGCCAAAGAAAGAUACAGGAAGAAAAAAUGCGCCGGGCUGCUUUAAGAGAGGAAUUCUGGGCACGUAGGCAUUAUAACAUGCCAGAAGAUGAAGAGGGCAUGUAUUGGGAAGACAGAAGACGAUAUGAAGAAGAGUAUAUGGAAAUGGCAAGACGUGGAAAUAUGGGACCUUAUUUAAGAGGAAGACCAUUUCCAGGUGGAGCACCUCCUUACUUCCAAGGUGGAAUGCCUCGUAGGACAGAAUCUAGUGAUGAUCGCCAUGUCAUGGCUCGUCAUUCUGAGAUUUAUCCCAAAGAAGAAGAAUUACAGGCUAUUCAGCGUAUUGUUUCACACACUGAACGUGCUCUUAAAAGUGUUUCUGAUCAAUUGGCAGAAGCCAAACCCAAAGAAGGACAAGCUGCUGCAGCAGGGCAGGCACUUGCUAAAACAGACUCUGGCACUGCUGCUAAAACUGAUGCUGAAAAGAAUAGUGAUCAGCAAAAGGAGGAUGGAAGGGACAAUCAAUUAUUCUCUUUCCAACAAGAUCGUGACGCUAAUAGGAUUUUGAAAGGUGUUAUGAGAGUUGGACAUCUUGCUAAAGGUCUUUUACUUCGAGGAGACACAAAUGUUGAAUUGGUGGUUCUUUGUGCAGAUAAACCUACCCUGACCCUUCUUAAAAAGGUUGUAGAACUUUUGCCGGCAGCUCUAAAGCAAGUUGCUGCAGAAAACACAUAUACUGUUACAAUAAAUGCUGCUGAAGCUGGCCUUACUGUUGCUGGGGAUGGUUUGACUGUACUUGUACAGUUUACCAGUCCUAUAAUGAGGGAACAAGAAGCUGCGAGCGGCGGGUUGGACCGGGAUGUACUCUCACGCGGCAAGUGUCUCCAGGCGCUGGCAGCCCUCAGACAUACGAAAUGGUUCCAGGCUAGGGCAUUGGGUCUACAUUCCUGUGUAGUAAUCAUACGUAUUUUGCGGGAUUUAUGUCAACGAGUGCCUACUUGGUCACCAUUAAGUUCAUGGGCAAUGGAAUUAUUGGCAGAAAAGGUAAUCUCAUCAGUUCCUGGUCAAGUACAACUUUCUCCUGGAGAUGCCCUUCGUCGAGUUAUGGAAGCUGUAGCAAGUGGUUUGUUGUUACCAGGUGGUCCUGGCUUGGGUGAUCCAUGUGAGAAAGACUCUCCAGAUGCUGCUGUUGCUUUGUCACCCCAGCAAAGGGAAGAUCUUACCUGUUCGGCCCAAUAUGCCUUGAGAUUAAUUGCUUAUAGGCAAAUAUAUAAAGUAUUGGGAAUGGAUCCAUUGCCAGCACCUCAAAAGGUAUUCCGUCGAGACAGAUCUGCACGUAAACGUCGCCGUUCAGGGGGAGAACAAGAAGGUUCAGAAAGUGAUACAGGGAAAAUGGUUAAAACAGAGGGUGGAGAUACACCCGCAGAAACUCCCGUCAAGUAAUUUAAGAAAUAGUGAAUAAUUAGUUAUAAUAAUUAAUAUUAUUUUCUAUAUUUUACAAGUAUUUUGAUGUAUAGGAAUGAUUUUUUUUUUGUAAAUUUGUGGACUAUGAAUUUCACUGAAGUAUUCUCUAUGUAGUUCCAAUGUUUUCUAGAUGUAUGUGUGAUCAAAAAAUAUAUUCCAUUAUGUUUUGCUUUAUUUAAAAUUGUAUUAAAUAAACCAAAUUGUUUGUAAGAA